AUGGCAAGAUUAUUAACCUCUCUAUAUUUAUUAACAACUAUCAUUGUAUUUAUCACCCUGUCAAAUGGUGCUCAACAACCAUUUACCAUCCCUGUAUCUAUAUUUGACCAAUACCCAUCGUUCAAUCCCAACUUUGAGCCAGACAUCAGUGUCAAUGGAGGUAUGACCAAGGGAUUGGUUGCAGACACUCUGGACGAGGUUACCAAGAUCCCCGUCCUCAACCCAAAUUCGCCAGAAUCUGUAUUCCAGAAAGGAUGCAUUACCAACAAGGCCCUGUUCGCCAAGUUCUUUGUGAACGACCCCGCCAUCACCAGGUUUGUCAACUACGACAUGACCUUCACACCCAUCAGUCCAAGCGUCUAUGAGCUCAACCAACAGACCUUCUUCCCAAUCAACUACCAAGGAUGGGAUACCGACUCCUCCAAGAGACAAUACUCUGACUACAACGGUUAUCAGAACUUCCACUACUGCAUGAAGGUCAACAUGUACUUUACCUUUGUUGGUAAUGAGGUAUUCAACUUCAGAGGAGAUGAUGACGUCUGGGUUUACAUUGACAACAGGCUUGUCAUUGAUCUCGGAGGUAUCCACACUGCCGAUGAGCAGAACGUAACCCUUAGCAAGCUUGGACUUACUAUUGGUAACACCUAUGCCUUUGAUUUGUAUUACUGUGAGAGACAUACCUCCACAUCAACAAUCAGAAUCAACACCAACUUGGCCGUCAAGUGUGGACAUAUUGAUUACUGCAAUGUGUGCAAUGGUGAUGGAUCAUCUUGCUGCAUUGCAUCCCGUGACUGUAACGACAACAACCCAUGUACCAUCGACAAGUGUCCCGCCGCCAACACACCAGGCAUUACCAGAAAUAACUGGAAGACCUUCUGUUCCAACACACCAAUGAACUGCGCCAACAGCACCGACCAGUGCAACAACUACGGCUGCACAGGCGGCUCAUGUGGCAUCGUCUCCAAGAAGACAUGCGCCGAGCUCUCCUGCCAGGUCAACACCAUGUGUGACACCACCACCGGCUGCCGCUACCAGGACAAGUGCUCCCCAGCCGACGCCUGCCACACUUCUGUCUGUGUUCCAGGCGCCUCCGUCGCCCAGGAUACCUGCAACGUCCAGGCCAUCAACUGUACCGGCAAUGAUGUGUGCACCCUCUACUCUUGCGACCCAGUGAGCGGAUGUGUUACCAGCCCACGCAACUGCACUGACCCAGCCAACACCAACCCAUGCGUCAUCUACAAGUGUGGCGUCAACGGCUGUGAGAACAGCACUCUCUCCCGCGAGGAGUGUGACUGCUGCAACCCAUUGUCGACCCCACCAUGCAUGGUGGCAACUUGCAACAACUCCACUGGCAAGUGCGAAUACUCGCCAAUCAACAUUGACGACGGCAACAACUGUACCGUGGACCACUGCAAUGCCACCACUGGCGUCAUCACCCACACCCCAAUGCAAUGCCAGGGCUGCCAGACAUGCAACCAAGCCCUGGGUCAAUGCCAGGACACCCUCGCUCUCUGCAACAAUGGUAAUGGCUGCAACAAUGUCAUGUGCAGCAACGGAUCGUGUAUCUACACGCCAGUCUCCUGUGACGACAAGGACCCAUGUACCGAGGACAGCUGCGACAUGCUCACUGGCUGUGCCCACACCAACAUCACUUGUCCAGAGCUCAACCUCUGCCAGGUGCCCCAGUGCGUCACCGGCGUCGGCUGUGCCUACACCAACCGCACCUGCCAGUCGGACAACUACUGCAAUGACACCAUGUGUGACCCACGCUUUGGUUGUGUCCAGUUCGCGCGCACCUGUGUGCCAAGCAACCCCGACUGCCAGUACGGCGUGUGCAACCCCGAGUCCCAGAAGUGCGAGUUCCACGACUACUCACCUCUGCCAUUCGGCUGUAACAAGGCUGCCAUCAUCUCGACCGGUGUCAUUGCCGGUGUUGUCGUGGCUGCUGCCGUGGCGCUGGCCAUCAUGAUCUUUGGAGGCAAGAAGGGAUAUGACUACUGGAAGCAAUCGACCAACAACAAGAUCAGUGGCAUGAGCUCCAACCCACUGUACAACGAGAAGCCAGGCAAUGGCUCCAACCCCCUCUAUGAGGAGGCCAACUAA